GGUAGUAGCAUGCGUUUCUACAUGUAUCUAGACAAAAAUGUUGUACAAAGUGGAGGUACUGAUAGUUUGUAAUUUGGCAAUAGGCGAAGUAAUUGUGGCAAAAAAGUCAUAGAGGACAAAUCAGUGGAAACGCGGCUGGUUUUAAAACCGAUCUUUUGUUGUUUGCGUUGCAUAACUCGAUUUCGCAGAAAAACAAGUGUGAACAUAUAGCUCAAGACUGACGACUUCUAUUAACAAUCUAAGAAAUGUUGAAUUUUUAUGUUAACACUUGUCAAGAGAGAGUAUUUUGUUUAGCUGAUUAUCAAGUAGACGCUUCUAACUGCGACAGGAAUCCUGGCCGAAGCAAAGGCAAUUCGUGUUUACAAAAUCUUAAAGGAUUUAUUACUUCGAUUUAUUUAUUUACACCGAACGUAUAUAGCUAACAACUUCCUCCAAAAACGUCAUGUUUCACGUAUACGCUUUCAGCCGGUGAUCAAUCCACGAGAGGCAACAUACAAGGUGUUCAAAUAUAUGAUCCUACUAGCCAAAACCAGCAGAUUACUCAGAGCUCACUCCGUGCGCUCUCGGUGCUGCUCGGCGACCGCCACCUCUAUUCCCAUUGAGUUUGCAUCUUUCCAACCCAGCCAGUCAACAUGUACGAUGCCCAAAAGCAUUUCCGAUUGCAAAGUAGUGAAGUUCACCUGGUCGAAGCAGUCGAACUGCUAUUUCAGCAGGUACUAUGGGGGGGCAGAGCUGAGGGAGAGGAAUCAACCGACACCGCUAUGUGAGCUUUCUUUCCGAGGGGGGUACUCAUGAGGCGAUGAUCACAAGUGAGAGAAGUUCAAACGAGAAGAAGCUUCAGCAAUACGAUACGACACCUUCUGUCGAUGAUAUCGUGUGUCAGCCUCCGUUUGAGAAGUUAGGAGAUGCUUAGAAGUUAGAAGAACGACGUUCAGAGACGAUGAAGUUGUAAAGGUGGUCACGUUAAAAGAUGACUGUUGCUCGGCCGGACCGAAGGGCUUUCUAUUUCAGGGGGAGGCAGCUGCUCUUGUGAUUGCACAGGCGGAAAAAGUUAAGGUGGGGGGCAUGUGGAAAUCUCAGUGUUUAUAGGGCCUACACAUAAAACAUAUCAAGCGGGAAUCAGAGUCAACAACGGCAACCGAGCGACUAUCAGUGACGUGGUUAAUCCGCUACUGAUUGUGGUAGUACAAGACAGCAGAAGCGCACGUAACAGCUUGAUGAAUUUACGAUAAAGUCGUAAAGGGUGACUUAUCACUGUUGUCCUUUGGCGGUACGUAAUUCAGGUAUGUACGUGCAUGUCGGAGUACAUAGAAAUUUCAGUAAAGGUUGUCUUCCAUAUGUGAUUUGCUGCUUCGGCAUUACAAGCAAUGACCUCUUCAAAAAUAGUACCAUAGUUCGUUACGGAAUAAAUCUUCUAAUUUUCGAUUUGCUAGAACUUGGAAUUUUUAGGUUCGAAAUAGAAUGGUAACUUGACGUUACGGACUCAGUUUUGAGAAAUUUUAAUAAUUUUUUAAAUGUGAUGUACAUGUUUCAUAAUUAAGGAGCAGGUUUCUCUGAAUUAGCAUCUUGCUCUAGAGCUAAACCAGAAUUUUUUUCUAAAUUAAUCAUGUUGUGUUAAAUACCAAUAAAGGCUCAGUCGGUAUUCAGCUGUUUUUUGGAAAAAUACGUAUGCAUGACUUUGUGAUUUUGCACGACAGCGAAGCUAUUUACUACCAUUUCUUCCACUGUGUGUGAUCGCAGUACUUCCAGUGUCCUCAAAUUUGACAGCAAAAAAUUAGGCGCAAAGAAGUACCUGCGGAUUCCCCAAGAAACAACCCCCAUAUUUAGCGAAGCAGAUGUUUUGAAACCUUUGGUCUUGAACAGGAAGGCAUCUAUAAGACAACAAUGUCAGGAUGGGCUAGAAAGUUGACUGUUUUAAAUCAUUCUCUUGUCCCUUUGCUUCAACAAUGAGUGACGGGUGUGUUUUUAGCCUUAUUAAAUUACAGUUGCUGCAGGUUGUAACAUAGCAAGUCAGAAAAAAAUAUGCAGAGAAACAUCAGUUUUUUUUUUAUCUGGGUCGUAAAGCAGGUUACAAUAAUUUGCAGGCAGAAUGUGAAUACCAGAUAGACAUUGUGAUUGUCUAGUAAGAAAAGCUGUGGUGGCUAAUGCUAUCUAGCAGCAAGCACACAAUGGCGGUGGAGUACAACAUCUGGAUUUUAUUUUGAAUUUAAUUAAAACCUAUGGCUUCGUUUUCCGGUGACGACAACUACUCUGCCGACUAUAAUGUUUACAAAAGUCAUUUACCUGAAUACAAUUUACGAUCAUUCUCAAGCACAUCAGGCUGUGUUCGUGACUGGGAGCAAAAGGAGAUUAGUUAAACUGAAUAAGUUGCUGGUAAGUUAUUAAAUAAUUUUUUCGACUGCCCGGAUUGACUUUGACUCGUGCGUGACCCAGAGCUUUGUGAACGUGACAGACAUUCGAAGUAUAUUAAGAAGGCGUACGGCUUAUGACUCUGUUUCUAGUCGAGGUGUGUAAACAAAUUCUAAAUAAACGCUUGAUCUCGGCAAAAAUUAUAUGAGAAGUAAGUAGCAUAAACUAGGAUGAAGUAGAAUUUCACAGAUUGCUAUGAUCCCCUAUCCUGAGACCUCUGAAGAACCGAAUAUCGCUUUCUUCAUUACUAGCCCGUACUGUUCAUGUAGUAAACAGUAUGUGAAUUUUGAUAACCUACUUUUCAAUUUUUUUCAUUUGCCACCCGCCCGAGCCUCCAGGGAGAAUGAAGGCAGCCCUUGAUACGGUUUUGCCGUGCUGCUCUCAAAACCGUCAUCAGCAAACCCGACUUGCACGUAGGUGCCGUUACUUUGACCUAGGCGAAUAGGAAGCUAGGGCUAUCGGGAAAAAAGCAGCGCAUCUAUCUAAUUUCGUCUCGUAGCAAAUAUUCUACGCUGCGCUGUACACAAAGUUCGUAUGGUAGUAUGACAGGAGCUCUGCCACGAGCUCACUCUUUCGGACAAGUACAUAAAACGGUUUAAUAGUAUUUAUUUUUAUAGGCGUAUCAUAACGGCAAUGUAGCCAAUCAAGAAUAUCGAUUAUUAGAAAGGAGACUUUGUGCCAUGAAGCUCGAAAAUUGUACUCGUGUCCAACCUAAAAUUUAUGUACUGCUGAUGUCAGUCGCGUUACAGCCAAGCAACAUUUUGCUAUUUGCCAUCUUAAAAAUCGAAGUAGUCGGCUAAAAUCUUAUUCAUGCUAAAACCUGAAAAACAGUGGUAAAAUGUAUCCUGUGUCAAUGGAAAAAGAUAUUGUUUAAUAAUAAUACCUACGUUGUCCGUAUCACUAACCGCAUUCAGAGUUCUGACCAUACAAGCGUUCUUUGAGUAGAUGUUUGCUCAACAGCUUUCGAUACACAUAUAAAUAUGUCAUUCGGCGACGGCGUGAGACACUUCAUCGGACGGCUGGCUUCCAGCACAAAACGAAAUGCGUCUCUGCCUGGAUUCGAUCCCGCACUACUACUACUACUACGUCGCUAAGCGUAGCUAGCGAUAUGUUGCCCGUUAAUUUUUCACGGGGAUGAAAUUAAUCUAUAAUUAUUUUUUAUCGAUAUGAAAAAAACAGUUUAUAAGCAAUACUAUAAUUUUCUAAAUAAUUAGGAAAGACUCUUCAUGAAGACUUAACUAUGCUAUAGGUGGGACACAUCCUUCGAUACCCUAAAAACAAAAUCAGCCAAUCUGAUGUCGAUAAGUUGUCGAGGCCUAAUCGUUAGCGAAAUACCCAAAUGGAACUACUUUUGUACUGCUUAUGAUCUGCUCUCGUUGAUUGUGUUACAUUAAAACCUAGGGAAGAACAUGUUGAAAAGCAAACAUAAUAUCAUUUGCAAAUGGUAUUUUGUGCACCCAAUUUUGUGUACGUUAGUUUACAUCUAGCUUGACAAAUGAUUCACUGAUAUCCUUGCUGCUAGCUCACAUAAGCACAUCGUAAAAGUCAUAUAUGUCUGUAUGUUUGUAUAAUCUAUAGAUUUACCUCGUCCAAAGUCCAAUAUUUGAUGGUAAGGCAUAAGCUAUGCUAGCAGCGUUGGUGUUAGGGUUGAAUUUUCUAAAGAUACGUUCCACUAAGUUCUCCAAAAUAUCCAGUAGGAGCUAUUAUACGCACGCCUAGCAUCCACAAAAAGAUAAUGAGUUGUUACUUGCUGUCUAAUAUUGUUGCAUCACAGAGAGGCAUGGUUAAAAGCUAGAUGCGUCGAUCGUAAAAAGCUAAAAAAAUCAUGGAACAUGUUUUCCUCAUGAGGAUAUACGAAUCGUAGGCGCCUGAUUCAGUCUGUGGACUCUACUUUCUACAGAAAAACGAUAUCUAUUUUGUAAUUACACGGAUUUUUAACAGCUAGUCAAAAAUUGACAAAGAGAAUAAGAUCUCUAAUACUAGAAUAAAUUUUGCUAUGAUUUAGCAAAUUUUUUAAUGCUACGCCAUGCGUACCGAAUGAAUCUGUUGGUCUAGCGGUAAGUAAAUGUGAGUAUCUCUCUUUUUAAUUUUACGUUACCUUAAAUUUCCCUUAAGUUAAGUGCUUACCAAGUAGGAAAAAAUCGAAUACAUAUGUGCGUACAGCAUUUACUGUAGAUAUUUUUCGGAUGCUAACGAUGUUAUAGUAAUGGAUUUAAGUUUCGAUCUAAUGCAUAAAAAUUAAAAUAAAGGUCGGUAAAUAUAUAGUAAUUCGUAGGCGAAAUUUUUUCAUUGCGUUAGCAUUUUUCGAAAAAAAAUAAGCAUGUGGCUCGUGAAAAGACUCAUUAGAACUUGUUAAACGAUAAAUCAACUGUGGCACAUUUGGGCCAGAGGAAAAGUCACUCUGCCCACUGCUAGAAAUGGUAGAAGUGUAGCGUCCUCUUAGGACAGCCGAGGCCAGGCAACAAAAUGCUGUAUCGCCAAUCCAAAGGAAAUAUUUGUUUGUCCUACAAGUUUAAGACUAAGAUCAUUACUCUAAUGGACGAAGCGUUUGUACCUCUGCCCCUUAACGCAUCUUAGAGUAAGGCGGAUUUAAGCCUAAACCUAUAGCCUUUAAGGAAACCAAGUGAAGUGGUGUUCAACAAGGCUGGUGAUACGGGAUAGGCAUCUGGCCUUAGUGGUCGUUCUAGCACAGCACUAGAGUUCUACUUUGGCAUGAAGGGCCUUUACAUGCAAUUUUCUUGUAGAAAAGGGCGGCACUACAAAGUUUUUAACGCACACAUGUAACAAUUUUCACGCACUCGUUGCACAGCGAUGUCUCUUCUAUAGUAAGUAAUCAGGCAUACGAUUUUUUUGACCGUAGAUGCCGGUUCAAUUUUUUCUUGUAAUAGGUUUUGUAUACGCCCUACUGUAAUUUAAUAUUCAACCCCAAAUUUAUUGUAUACUCAAAUCACAAGCUAUUAUUGCUUAUGUUACUAAAGCAAACUUAGUCUCGUCACACGUCACGGUAACAACAAUAAAUGGAAUAUAUUUGGAAAGGAUAAUCUUCAGCGCACUCCUCUCGAAUCGAUCCAAACGUUGUUUUAUAUGACAAUGUCGCUGUGUGAGCUUCAUUGAUAAAACUCCGCAAAAAAAAGAUAAGGAUAUUUCAUUUUUCAGCACCCUUUUUAUUUCCUAUAGAACAUAUUAAUUCACUAAGCCAUUCUUAUUUGCGGGGCUCAAUUGGGCUAGUUCCUAGUCCGGUCAUCUGCCAAGCAAGCAUUGCCAAGAUUCAAACGUACCAAAUCCAUAGUCUACUAGAUAUCAACCAACGGACGCUAAGCAUAGGUGGUACAUUGUUGAAAAUAUGAAAACUCGUAAUUUCCCCCCAAAAACAUGCUGCACAUCCCUUUUCCAAACAUACAAUUCAGUUAUUUGCUAACACUUGUAAAUUUCAAUGGUUUUUUUUUGUCAUUUUAUCACAUUGUUAGACACAAAUAUGAUGUCGUUGGGUUGGUAUCUAACCAAGUCCGGACGAGUAAGCCCUUCUUUGUCCCAGUUCGACACACAGACAUCAGCACAGGGGUACAGCGCCAGCAGCGGCGACGACAACCACCUAAAUAACAACAUCGCCAUGAGCGGAAUGGAGAGCUAACAAAGGCUGUUCCAUCUUAUUGAGUCAAAUUUAAAUAAAGAAAUUACGAAAACAUAAUCUAUCAUCUUCGACAGACUCAUGUUCAGUGAAAUGGAGUGCCCGUAAUCCAUUUUUCGGCACAAUUAUUCAUCGAGGUCAGUGUUACUCGAACCCCGCCAUUGCUCUCUCUGCGGGCGACGACAAGGGCUGAUAGCAUUCUGGUUUUUGGUUGUACGCCCCCACAGUCUUGCAUAGUAAAGCCAGACUAUGAUAAGUAAAGUCUUCUCUUAUAAUUUCGCUAGAUCAACAUUGUUGAAGGUUGGUGAGUUCGAAGAAAAGCGUUCGCUCACCUACAUGGAAAUUCUACAUGGAAGACGUGUGUUUCGGUACUCGGAGGGCCAGAGUAAACGCGCCAAUAGCCUAGCAGCAUUCCAGUGCUAACUGUUCUCGUGUUGAGUAGAGUGUGAAACAGAGACGGAAAGUUGUUUUUUUUCAUAUAUACAUGUAUGUAUAUUAUUAGCUAGAGACAUUUUGGCGACCGAUGCUUCACUGACAGCAGCAGCAGCAGCAGCUUGGCAAUGGCCCCCGGACCGUUUUCUACGAGUGACCAAUGUAGCGUUUCGCCAACUUCGAGCUCGUUCGAUACAACUUAUAUUUGAGACUUAUGCCAUCGCUUACAAUCGCACUUAAAGACCUUGCUUUGCUCUACUGAAAUGUUGAUUCGCCGUAAGCCCUUGAUCAUUUCUCGCUGGCGGUUUUAUGUUAUGCUGUUGCUAAACUAUAUAAUCCGCUAACACAGUAGCGCUGCUUGAGCGUAAUUCGAAAAAGUAUACGAAAAUGUUAUUUGUUAAAAAAAUUGUUGGCUUGUCUUCGAGGCACGUAUAGAUUGUGGCCUUUAUUUUACUAGUGGUUCUAACGCUCCAAGAGUCAACGCUGUUGGCAUCCAAAUUUAACAAGCUUUUUUCAUAAAUGUUUCACUCAUUAAUGUCAUUUUAGACACUGUGGAUGAGCUUGCGCCGUUAUGAUUAACAUGGUUGUUUUUUUUUUUUUUGCUAUUGAUUGAUACAAACGUUAUGAGACCAAACGAAUUUUUCGGUCCCUUAGACGCAUGCUAUAGUUAGCGUACUUUAUUGUGAUACAAAAAUUUGGCCAAAUCCAUGAAGGAAGUCGCGCUAUCCGUGCAGCCAUUGGCUGGUGCACCAACCUCAGCGGUCGACCUUCAAGUAAAAUUAGGUAGAUAACCAGAGCAUAGCUUGUUACUAUCCUAUUUAUUAUGUCCCGCCUCAAAAGAACUGAUAAAGUAAAAUGCAACGAACCAAACAAAUUCAACUUUCCUAUUUAGGCUAAAUGUGCCGGGCUACAACUUCCUUCAAAGUACACGUUUAGUUCUUAUAAACCGACUUUUUCUUCGUUUAAACUCAAAUCUGUACAUAUAAAAUACGCAAUAUCCCCUGGAGAUGUUGUCUUCGAGAACAGAUGUGCUCCAUUGCUUUUAUUCGCUUUGUAGAAUGGAUGAAAUCGAAGGAACAAGGACGAGUGUCGCUAUCGUAACUAAUUCUCCGCCGGAUGAGAUUCCGCCAACUGGCAGUACCCGAAAAGCAUUCGUUACGUGCGAUGGCAGAGCCUCCUUUGAUUCAAGUGUCGUUUUGUCAACAGUGGCAUCGUUUCUGAGGGAAAAGGUGUUCCCCAUCAUAGGCGAUCACUGCCUUAUCAACCUACACUGGAACGGCACAGAUCUGUCGACACUUCACGUACGAAGUGUAGUCCCCGAUAGCCAUGUGUUACUACCCCGAACAGCAGCACCGCCCUUAAGCGACCCUGAACAAGUGGCGAGCUCGCUGUCUUUGGCUCGGGAUCAGGAUGAUGCCGCAUUUACGUCGCCACCGGCAAAUAUCACAAUUAAAGAGGAACCUAUCGAUGUAACCGACGAGCUUAUCAUCGCGGAGCAUGAGAUUAAACAAGAGCUUAACGUCGAUCAGGAUGACUCGAGUUCCGAUGAAGGCAAGUUCGACACUGAGGAUCAGAUGAUCGAUACUGAAGAUGAGAUCUUAAAUGGGUCUGGCACUUCGUUGGUUAACGACAAACAAUAUGACGACUUUCGGCCUAAACCCCCUGUACCAGCACUACCUCCAGCAAUGGAUCACGCGGCAUUUCCAAUGUAUUUGCCUCAAAGCUCAAUGAUCCCGAUGAUUCCUGUGGUGGCUUUUAGCCAGUCGCAGCUUCCUUGCCAUCAGAUGACCCCUAUGUUGUUAUCACCGAUGCAGACCAUGUCCCAACUGCCCAUACAGGGGCUACCGUUGGUGUCUGGAUACAACCACUGUCUGCAGUCGCCGUUCGGAAUACAACCUGUCACUCUGCCAUUGUCACAGCAGCACCAGGCUGCUGCCGAGCCCAACGUUAUCUUGCAACGCAAUACCAGAUACGUGUAAGGGUACAAAUUGUAGCUGAUAUGCUAACUAUAUUAUGCAACAGAGUUUGUAAUCACGACUUUACAAACAGAACGCGACUUAUUUGGAAAAAUCCUGCUGAAAGCGAAUAGUGGACAGCUUUUGUAAAGAAUACAAUGGUGCCUCAUGAACAACAACGAAAGGCGAAGGAUAACAUAAACAUUCUUCGCAAGUAUUCGUAGCUGGAAACGUCAGACUCCCAAAUCUCAGUUUACCCUUCCUAGCGAUAGGCAACAACGAAAACGAUUUGAAGAUUUGACAUUAGAUUGAAGUUGCCGCCCAGACACUACUAGAUUUCAUUAUAAGUAAACAUUCAAGAUAGGGCCAGAAUAGGGAUCAACGAAACAAAAAUGACGGAGAUCCGACUGAACCAUUAAUCCCGCAAAGAUGGACGUGAAUGACGCCUCUGAAUAAUCAAUCAGCCAGCGGCUUUACGUAGGGGCAUCGUUAGAAAUAUUCUUAAUCGCUGUUAUAUAGAGACCUGCGACAUGUUGAAUGUUAUACAGGGUGCUCAUAAAAUUAUGCGUACUAGUGGGUUUGCACAAUUGCAACCAAACUCCGUAAUUUUAAAGCUGAGCUACAAUAUAAUUGUCAGAUUGCCCUGUGUUCAUGAUAUUUUGCGUGUAUGGAAGCAUAUUGCCCUCUGACUAGUAUUGACUGAUGCUCUAUUUGUAGGCAGGAUUCUGUGAAUAGCUUCGUUAGAAAUGGCGUUCACAGUUUUAAUUAAUACUUGUUUGAUGAAGGUGCACCUAUGAGAAAUCAAUGUUGGGAGGUAUACGAGGCAAUGUUUUAGUGAUCGGCCCCUCAUAUCUUGGGUAUGGGACCGCUGUAUAUACACCUGUAAAUAAUAGUACGCGAAUGUUUAUUAUAUUGGAGGGCAUACAGUUUUCAUCGAUGCCUAACUGUCUGUAUCUCCCGAGUAUUUGAACUUUAAAGAUGGAGUUCUACAUAGCAGCUAUACAUUUCAUUUGUAUAAAAUGACAUCAUAGAUGAAGCCAGAAUUAAUUUUAGGUAGAAAAAAAGCACACGAAUUUUCAAAUUCGUCUGCUCAUUUCUACAUAUGUUGUAAAUUCCUCAUGUUGUGCGUAAUGUGUACGCAGAACAUAAGGGAAUUCAAUGCAUCAAAUGGGAUGUACUGAUCUUUCAAGUGUUGUGCUAGGAACAUCUGGGGGCAGGCGCGAGAUCUAUCUGGUGUUGCCGUUCAAUACAAAAAUUUACUGUGAUUUUAUGUAAAGGACACCUAUUGAUUGAAAUUGCAGCUGAAUCAUGAUCAUAUCAGUAAAUCAAUGUAGAUCGCCAUAUGAUUACACGUGUACACCCAUGUCCGUCAACGACGUUGGUAUUUAACUGCUCCUGUCAAUGACGCAUACAUACGAUCUGAUUUAGCCUACUGUCCAUAUUAGACAAUUCACCUUCUUAUCCAUAGCGGUUGUAUGCCCUCCAAACGUAUCAUAGCGCACACUAUAUAUAGACUUUAUGCAUAGAGACAUGAUUUAUCUGCACUACGAUCAACAAACGCGGAGUCGAUUUUACCGCUAAAACGGCCGCCAUCAUCUCACUGAAAAGAAUGACGUAAUCUAUCGUCUUUCCCUUUAGAUUUUCAAAGGCUGUCAUCGUCUUCCUUUGCGUUGCCAAGUUCAAUCUUCUAUACGUGUGCAUAUAGUCCUCCAUUUGAGAGUGAAACGUUACAUCAAUGUUUUUUUUCGGAACGUUUUUGUUGGUGUUGACAUCUUCCAGUCCUAGAUACUCUUUGCUAUAUAUUUAGAGUGUGUAUAUGAAUUAUAUAGAAAACAAGUUAAAUUUAUUAUUUUGUAAUUUUUACGCAUCAAUCACUGGUGUACCGUUUUUGUCCUACCUGAAAUAGAAUGUAAGUCACUCUCAGUCACCUUACGAAUUGCUCCUAAUCAAAUACCUGGGAGUAGGAUAUGGCAACUUUUCUAAUCAAAAUGUUAAAAUACGACUGAUUGAGGAACAGGUCGACGAAUCCCAACGGUCGCCGGAGAAGGGCGACUUACGGUUAUGCAGCUGUAUGAUACGCCACUGUACAUAUAUAUUUACAUGUCUGUUAAAUAUAUAUAUAGUUAAGCAAGUGUUUUUCGUUAAA